AUGAUCUCACUCGUGCAGCACAGCUUCGACUUUUUCGAAACGAGAUUGGGUCUGGCUGUCGGCUUCAUCAUCACCCUUGCGCUUGUUUAUCGUGACCGAGCGGUGUUCGUGGCCAAAUGUGACCAUAUCAAGGGUCCACCAGGACUUCCUCUGCUUGGAAACACACUUCAAGUUUUCAAGGAAGCCGCAGAUCCACUCCAAGCAAUGCUAUCUAGAUCUGCCGUGUAUGGGCUCCCAAACACGAUGACUGUCCUUGGUAUGGGCCGAGCCAUCAACAUCACACGUCCAGACUGGAUACAGCACGUCCAGAAGACCAAUUUCAGCAACUACGUCAAAGGGCCCAAGUUGCACACCUGCUUGAAAGACUUGCUUGGCGAUGGUAUCUUCAACGCAGACGGCCACAGUUGGAAGGCGCAGCGCAAGGUUGGCUCCAAUAUUAUGACAAUGUCCAAUCUUAAGAACCUAGUCGCGGGGGUCCUCGAUGCACAGUCCCAACGCUUCUCUGAUCUGCUGCAGCAGGCAGCUAAGCAAGGGACCCCGAUCGACCUUCAGAAAGCCUACUUCGAUUUCACCAUCCAGACUUUCCUCAGAAUCGCUUUCAGCACGGAUCUGGAGACAGUUCAAUCGACCAGAAUCGCGACUCGAUCUGAACAGCAGAAAGCUGCCCAACACCUCUCUUUUGCCGACGCAUUCGACUUGGCCCAGCGACUGACUGUACGGCGCAUCAAUCGACCAUGGUGGAAGCUCACCCGCCGGUGGGAACCCAGCGAGAAGAAGCUCGAACACGCGAUUCGCACAAUUGAUCGGUACUUGUACCCGCUCAUCGAGCGACGGAGUCAGAACAAGUCGAAAGCGGACAAGAGGCACGCAGACCUCUUAGACUUGUUCCUCUCGUACCGCGACGACCAGGAUCAGCCUCUCACGCCCAAACAGCUUCGGGACGCUUUGCUCAACUACCUUCUCGCUGGUCGCGACACAACCGCCGAGAGUCUUUCUUGGGCUUCUUUCGAGCUUCUGCGCCAUCCCGAGGUAGUACACGACCUACGCCAAGAGCUCAUGUCACACUCUAUCUGGUUUGACCCUCACCAAAAAAUUGAUGACGACGAUGCAGAACAGCGUUCGAGUUCGUUUGAGCUGUCACACACAAAGCAGCUUCACCACGUUCGAUCCAUCUACCACGAAUCGCUUCGUCUCCAUCCCUCGGUCCCACGAUCAUCCAAGAUCGCGCUCCAGGACGACGUGCUGCCUGGUGGCGUUGUGGUACCAAAAGACACCACGGUCAUCUGGUCAGACUGGCUGCUGGCCAGGAACAAGAGCGUCUGGGGUGACGAUGCCGAUGAAUGGAAGCCGCGUCGAUGGCUGAACGCUGAAGGCGAGUUCAUAAAUGAAAGCCCGUGGAAGUUUCACGCUUUCAAUGGCGGCCCGAGAACCUGCCUUGGUAUCCAGCUUGCCCAGUUUCAGGGCAUGUACAUGCUUUCCAGGAUCUUCAGCGACUUUGAUCUGGAGCUCGAGUCGGAUCGUGGACUGCAUUUCGAGCCUGAGGUCGAAAACACGCUGACCUUACCCAUGAAGCAUCCCUUGAUGGUAAGGGUGUAUACUCGUGCUAAGACGAGCAGAGCCCCCUAA